CGGACUAAUAGAACGAGUAAAACAGGAGGCUGGUGUUUUAGUCAGAGCAAAGGCGAAGGUGGCCAACACAGGACGGACAAGAACCUUGUGACUGCUUUAAUCAGAUUAUUGAAAGUGUUGAGCAACAGAGACAGACAUAUUAAAGCAGGUCAGCACUAUAGUGGGAAAAGUGGCGUCAAAAAACAAGAUAACACAUUCGCCAGACAAGAAAACAGACAUGCCAUUUUAAAUGGUACAAACGAAAAACAACAACAUCAAAAUAACGGCAGAGUCUUUGACCAGGCAUUAAUCGUUACAGUGGGGACUAGCGGUAGAAACGCUACAGCGCGGACUAAUAGAACGAGUAAAACAGGAGGCUGGUGUUUUAGUCAGAGCAAAGGCGAAGGUGGCCAACACAGGACGGACAAGAACCUUGUGACUGCUUUAAUCAGAUUAUUGAAAGGGAGGAGCAUUGGAAGUUUUGGUGAUGGACCAGGACUAUACAAACAAUUCUUUCUUGAGUCUAAUGAAAUAAAUGUGUAUGAUGCAUAUGACGGGGCCCCAUUUUGUGAAAUAACCAGCCAUGGACGUGUAAAAUUUCUGGACUUGACCCUUCCACAAUAUGGCCUGCCAAUCUAUGAUUGGAUAUUAAGUAUUGAGGUGGCAGAGCAUAUACCGAAAGAGUACGAAAGCGUAUUUAUCAGUAAUAUCGUUCGUCAUGCUAGAGAGGGGGUGAUCCUAAGCUGGGCUAGCCCUGGUCAGAGUGGAUAUUCUCAUAUAAAUAACAGGCCAUUUCUAUACGUCAAAGACUUAAUGAAUUCUUUGGGAUUUACACACGAUGAAAAGGAAUCAGACAUGCUUAAAUCUGCAACAGGUUUUCGGUACUUGACAUACAAUUUGAAUGUAUACAGAAGACUUAUACCACCUGAUGUGUUGCAGCUAUAGUGUAGCAGGAAGAUUGUUAACAUAGUUGAAUAAACACAAACUGGGAACAACCAUACAGUUUUCUAAACAGUAUCAUGUCGCAGAAGUCUCGUCAGAGCAUGUUAUGAUAGUAAUUGUAGUCUUGAAGUCCGAGUAAGCGGUACUACAUUCACAACUUUAUUCAUGUCCUCAAUAUAUUUACAUCGUGCACAUAUAUCCUAUACGAUUCUGCAUUGGUUACAUCCUUACGUAUCUGAGGCAAAUGUACAAAACUAGAGUAAGAAAACUUUCAAGAUAUAUAUCUCAUCACAGAGAUAUAGAUAAUAAAGGGAAAUAAAUAAAAAUAUGCAAAUGUUUGAAUAAUACACUAUAUUUUACUAGCGCUCACAGGGAUGAUAUACAUAUGUUACAUGAUGAAGCGAAUAUCUAUUAACGAACCAUCGUUUUGUUCAAAAUAACACUAUGUUUCUUAAAUCUAGUGACAAGUUAUAACAAUUGUACCAGCCGUUAUCCUUUGAAGUUCAUGAAGUGUAUCAAUUAAUUAUAUGUGUAAUCAAUAAACAAAUUUCAGUGAAGUAAAAAUCCUUA